AUGCCCUCCUUUACCAUUGGAAAGCCCCCACCCAUUCUGGACUUUUCCGCAUUCUAUGCAGAUGACAGCCAUGGCAAGGCGAAGCUGGUCGAACAGGUGCGGGACUGUUGCUUGCAUAACGGCUUCUUUCAAGUCACCGGCCAUGGUCUGCCCCUGGAUCUGCAGAAACGUGCCUUGAGCUGUGGCAGACGUUUCUUCCUUCUGCCGAUGCAAGAGAAGCUAAAGCUUGAUAAGAAACAGAACAAGUACGGCCGGGGCUACGAGGCAGUCCGCUCCUAUCAGGCCGAACUUGGAACAGACCCGGACUUGAAGGAGGAUUUUUCCAUUGGGCGUGAAAUCCCCAAGGAUCAUCCAUCUUGCCUCCAGGGAAAACUCGGCUGUGGACCCAACCUGUGGCCCGAGAAUAUCGACAACCGCGAAGAGUUCCAGAAGACGACAAUGGAGUACUUCAACUCCGUGUAUCGUCUCGCCGAAGAUAUUGUUACCGUUCUGUCUCUCUCGCUCGGAUUGGACGCAAACCACCUUGACGGUCUUAAGAACGAACCCAGAGUGGGGGUCAUGAAAUACCAGUAUUAUCCGCAGCUUCCGGAGGGCGCAGAUCUCGAGGUCACCCGGGGUUUUGGCGCCCAUACCGACUUUUGCCCCUUGGCUAUUAUCCUCCAGGAUGGUAUACCCGGUCUCCAGGUUCUGGAUGAGCCCACAGGUGAGUGGGUAACUAUUGAACCCGUUCCAGGAGCCUUUGUUGUCAAUCUGGGAGAGUCAUUCACGGAAUUGACCAACGGCCAGUAUAAAUCCAGCAUCCACCGGGUGAUCAACAACCCGGACUCGGAUCGUCUGUCCGUCCCUUUCUUCUUCAACGGAGAUCCGGACUAUCUGCUUGCUCCCCUGCCCAUCUGCCAGGGGUCUGGAGACGAGGCGAAAACCCCUCCGCGCACCAUUCAACAGUUGGUGUUGAGCAGGGUGCAGGAAAGGUAUGCCCGUGUACAGAAAUGA